AUGAAUAUUACUCAAUAUAUCCCUGAACAGUUCUCGUUCUUAAAUGGACGUUUAAUAUUUGGAGAUCGGAUUGAAACUACAAUUGUUGGCUUUUGUUUGUCUACUGUUGUCGUUCUACUUUAUUAUCUUAUUCGGCGAUCGCAAGCGAAAACUCGAACAACGGAAAACGCGAAUCGAUUUCGUAAACGUGAUAAAGUACUUCAUUAUGGAAAACGCUUUCUACGUACCAUGCGAUCGUAUUCGUCUACUGCACGAAAUCGCAUUCGACGUAAAACACGAAGAUUUCAUCAACAAAAAGCUCCAUCAGAGCAAAGCUAUCUUUCACAACGUAAACCUCCGGAAUUCUUGCUAGACACGGAUGGUGAUGGAGCCGAUGGAUCUAAUCAACAUCAAAUUCCACCGGAAAUCUUAUAUCUAUUGAAAAGUGUCAAAGUUUUCGGUCAUUUUGAACGGCCUAUUUUUCUUGAACUGUGCAAGUAUUUAGAAAGUAAAACUGUUCUCGCUGGUGCUUAUAUUUUUCGAAUUGGUGAUGCUGAUGAUAGUUUAUACAUAGUACAAAAAGGACUUCUACACGUAUUUAUUACAGACGAAAAACAUCAUCGACAUUUGAUUAAAGAAUGUGUGGAAGGUGAUACAGUGUUUUCUCUACUAAGUAUGGUAGAUGUGAUGACUGGUCAUAGUAAACCAUUUAAAACUGUUAGUUGCAAAGCAAUUGAAGAUAGUAUUGUACUGAAAUUACCGGCAGUUGCCUUUUUGAAUGUAUUCAAAGAAUACCCGGAAUGCAUGGUUCGAAUUAUUCAAAUUCUGAUGAUUCGACUUCAACGUGUUACAUUUCUUGCUCUUCAUGAUUAUCUUGGUUUGACAACCGAAUUGACUCGUUCAUUUAAUGAUACAUUUCGUGGUCAAUCAGUUCAUAAAACUCAAAAAGAUGCUCAUCACAACAAAAUAAAACGUCAACAAAGUCUUAUCCAGCCUAAAUCUGUUCCCGAUACAACAACACCUUCUAUUGAUGUACUAAGCAAUACAACUGAUGAACAAGCAGAUAACAAUAACAUUCAAUUAUCACGGUCGAUCUCUACAACAUCGUAUACUUCACCUUCGUCAGAUCAUACUCAAACUGUCACACCAGAAAUUAGUGAACAGACUAAUGAAUUCGAAGGUUUGUCUGCACCAACGACAACUGAGCGAACUGUAUCGGUUUCCAUACCUAUGGAAAGACGUUUAUCGACUUUUGCUGGUCAGCGAUCGAUGAGUGUGGUGGAAAGAAACUACAUGAAACCAGAUUUUGAAGAAGCAGCAGCUCGUGCUCGAGUAAAAAAUUCGUUAGAUACAACGUUCUUUGAAAAACAUAAGAUAAGUUAUCCAAAUGUGUCGCAAAAUCGAACAUCCAACUCAUCCGCCGGCCAUCGACGACCAAGUUUCUCCGACCCUGAUUACGGUCAUCAAUACUCUCGAUCAGCAGGCUCAGGUAGUGAUAGUGCUGGAAGUGAAUAUAACGAGCGCAUGGACAGCUCAAAUCUACAAUCGGAAUGGCCACAAGUUCGAGAAGCUUUAGCUAAAGCUCUUGGUUUUGAAGGAGAUGUCACAUUGCUUGAUGAUAAAUUUCACAUGCACCGUCUACCAGACAGAUAUACUCUGGCUCGAGAAGGUGAACAGUUGAAUAAAUUGUUCUUUGUCAUACAUGGGGCAAUCGCGGCUCAUAUGCGAGAAAUAAGUGGAUCAAAGAAAGAGCGUAUUAUGUUCAUCAAUCGAGAAAAUGAAGUUAGCGGUCUUGUCAGUGUUCUUACUGGUGAACCAACACUAUUCUCUUACCGAACACAUGGUUUAACAGAUAUUUGUACAUUAACAAAAGAGAGCAUAUAUGACCUAUUGCGUAUUCAACCAAGUUUAGUCUUAUCGAUAGCAGCCACAAUGGUUCAACGAAUGUCACCAUUAGUACGUCAAAUAGAUUUUGCUCUGGAAUGGAUGCUCGUCGAAGCUGGAAAAGCUUUAUACCGACAAGAUUAUAAACCACAAAAUGUUUAUAUUGUUCUCAAUGGCCGUGUUCGAAGUGUCUUAUUGACACAAGACAAGAAACGCCGUGAAUUGAUUGGUGAACAUGGUCGCGGUGAAAUGGUUGGUCUCAUCGAAGUUUUAAUGGAAAUGCCUCGACAAUCAACAACAAUUGCUGUUCGUGAUACGGAAUUAGCGGUAAUUCCAUCGGGGCUUCUAAAUUAUAUCAAAUGGCGUCAUCCACGAGUCGUUUCACAUUUGAUUCACGUAUUGUCACAAAAAAUCUAUGGAACCAUGCAAAAUACUUUGACCAAUAGUGUUGGUUUAACAAUGCCAUUAGCUGAUGAGGAGUUUCAAGAUCAAACGACUGCACUGAACAAAAACUUAUCAACUGUUGCCAUUGUUGCUGCAUCGUAUGACGUUCCACUUGAUUCAUUCACAUGUGAACUUGUUCAUAGUCUACUGGCAAUCGGACCGACACUUCAUUUGACACAACAAUUAAUCAUCGAUCGAUUUGGUGAUAGUGCAUUCGAAAGUAUCAACGAUUAUCGGUUGAGCGCAUGGCUUGGUCAACAAGAAGAAUUACAUAAAAUUGUUGUGUAUCAAUGUGAUAAACAAUUAACGCCGUGGACCAAACGAUCACUUCGGCAAGCUGACUGUAUUCUCAUCGUUGGUAUUGGAUGGAAAGAACCAGUCAAAGGAUCAGUUGAAAAUGAAAUUGAACGAAUAGCAGUUCGAGCUCAAAAAGAAUUAAUUCUUUUGCAUCGUAUGGGUAGUUUAAAACCUAAGGGUACUGCACAAUGGUUAAAAGAACGGAAUUGGUGUACAUUUCAUCAUCAUGUUCGAUGUCCGGAGCGUGUUUUUCAAAACGUGAAUCUGGAAUGUUGGAAUGAUUAUACCGAUUUACUCGAGCCAGAUCCCGACCCAACAACCGAUUUUGCUCGUAUGGCACGCUUUCUAACUGGAACAGCUAUUGGUCUUGUUUUGGGCGGUGGUGGAGCUCGUGGCUGUGCUCAUGUCGGUAUUAUACAAGCUAUGCAUGAAGCUGGUAUACCAAUUGAUCUCAUUGGUGGAACAAGCAUCGGAGCAUUUAUGGGUGCAUUGUGGGCCGAUGAAUUGAAUAUCAAAGGGUAUAUUGAACGAGCAAGGGAGUGGUGCAAGAAAAUGACAUCUUUUUGGAGAAAAUUAAUUGAUUUAACAUAUCCAAUAACAAGUAUGUUUACAGGUGCUGGAUUCAAUGAAACAAUCGAGGAAGCUCUUCUCGAUGUACAAAUUGAAGAUUUAUGGAUUCCAUAUUUUUGCAUCACAACAGAUAUAUCCGCAUCAAAAAUGCGUGUACAUACGACAGGUAAAAUUCGACAUCUUUCUUUUUCCUCUUCCUCUCUUUUGAAAGAAAAACAACGAAAAAAGACGAAGUGUUUGGCGUUACGAUCAUUAUGGCGAUAUGUGAGAGCAUCGAUGAGUCUUUCAGGUUAUUUUCCUCCAUUAUGUGAUCCAAAUGACGGGCAUUUACUACUUGAUGGUGGAUAUGUAAAUAAUUUACCGGCUGAUGUUAUGUAUAAACUUGGGGCACAUACGGUUCUUGCCGUCGAUGUAGGUGCACAAGAUGAGCAGAAUUUCUAUAAUUUCGGUGAUCAGUUAUCUGGCUGGUGGCUUUUGUAUAAACGUUGGAACAUUUGGUCAACACCGGUUAAGGUGCCUGAGUUGAGUGAAAUUCAGACACGUUUAGCUUAUGUUUCAUGUCAAAGACAAUUAGAAAUAGUAAAAAAUUCUAACUUCUGUGAAUAUUUACGUCCACCAAUUGAUCGUUAUCGAACUUUACAAUUUGGUCUAUUCGAUGAAAUUCGAGAUGUUGGCUAUCAUCAUGGUAAAGCUGUGUUUCACGGUUGGUCAAAAUUGGAAUCGUAUGAUGCAGUUUUUCUCAAACAAAAGCUCAAAUCAUCUCGAGAAAAACAAUCGCGACUCCGUAAGCAAGAAUCGACUGCAACCAAAUUCAUCGAUCUAGCAGAAUUGAUAACACGUGUACCUGACGCAACUAAAGAAGAAGAUGACGAUGACGAUGAUGAUGACGACGAUGAAGCGAACGAUAAUGAUGAAAUUGAAACAACAAACACUGAAGAUUCGCACACUUCUAUAUCGAGUAAUACGAAACGGCGAAGAAGAAAAGUUUCACAUACAAGUCAUCGUUGGCUUAGUACAAUAAGCGGUGGUGGUAAACGAUAUAGACGGCGCGUUCGAUUACGUUCACGACCUGAAACACCAGUUAUGCCUGUUGAAACCGACAGUCAACGAACAUCAUCAGCAAUAGCUCCAAAUGAAGAUAUUUAA